AUGUCGACUUUUAUUGCUACUGGUUCUAAGAACCCUAAAAAACAAAGCUAUUUCCAAAAGCUUGGUGAAUUGGUCAACAAUAACGAUGAUAUUCUCAUCGCCAGCAUUGACAACGUUGGUUCCCGCCAACUCGCCGAAGUUAGAUACGCGCUAAGAGGUAUCGCUGACGUUGUGUUAGGUAAAAACACUAUGAUGAAGUCCUGCAUUAAGCGUGUUUUAACUGAAAAGCCAGAAUACCAGAAAUUGAUUGACAUCCUUCAAGGUAAUAUCGGUCUUAUUUUCUGUUAUGAAGACGUUACUCAAAUCAAGAAAAUCAUUUCUAACUUCAGAGCUCCAGCUCCAGCAAGACAGGGUAUCAUUGCCCCAUGCGAUGUAUACGUUCCUCCUGGACCAACUGGUAUGGAUCCUGGUCAAACCUCUUUUUUUCAGUCUUUAAGUAUCCCAACCAAGAUUGUCAAAGGUCAAAUCGAAAUCCUCAAUGAAAUUUAUUUGAUCAAGGCUGGUGAAAAAGUUAAUGCUUCUCAAGCAACUCUUCUUGAUAAGCUUAACAUCAGGCCAUUCUCUUACGGAGUUGAAUGUACUACUGUCUAUGACAAAGGUACUAUCUAUCCAGCUUCCGUCCUUGAUAUUGGUGAAAAAGAAAUAUCUGAAUCUCUUACCAGCGUUGUCAGCAAACUCACUGCUAUUUCUAUGUCUUGCAGUCUUGCCAACGAGCUUUCAUUGCCCCACAUUUUGUCUACUGUUAUGAGAGAAACCUUGGCUUUGGCUUGUGCUUGUGAAAUCGAAUGUGAAGAACUCAAUCAGCUCAAGAAUGCUGCUGCUGCCACUGUUGUGGCUGCAGCCCCAGCUGCUGUUGAAUCUAAGGCUGCUGAACCUGAGCCAGAAUCAGAAUCUGACGACGAUAUGGGCUUUGGUCUGUUUGAUUAA